AUGUCGUCCUCCAAAGUGGUCAUCAAGCAGCCCCAGCCCACGAUGGUCUCCCAGUACGCCAACGACUGGGGCUCUGGGAUUUGUGACUGUUGUGACAACGUACCAGAGUGUAAAUUCUUCAUUUUGCUCCUGUUUGGCUUUUAUCUAAACCCUUUUAGAUCUAAAUGUGAACUUAUAUCAGCUUCAUGUCUCAGCUUCAGGAUGUUACUGUAGGGCGGCCACAAGGAUCUAUUCCUGGACCACGACUCUUUAUAUUGUCAUAAACGAUCUUUGUGAUUCACCAAACACCAGCAGAGUUCUGCCUUUUUGCCGAUGAUACCGCUGUUUACUUUGACAUGUGAAUGAGAACUUUCUCUGGAGGAGUCUGACGUGAACCGAAGUUUAGACUGGAGGACACGAUUCAGUCCUUCAAACAGACAGGGUUUAAUGAAGAAAAGGCGUAACCCGUAACAAAAACACCAGAGUAGAGGAGUAGCGUUCGUCUCAUCUGCAGAAAAAGUAGCGCGUCCAUCAUGUCGGACAAAAACAACGCUGUACGAUGCUCCAUCUUCUCGCUCAAAUAUCGGAAACAGCGCCGCUGGAUAGACCCAUAUCGCCCCCUAGUUUGGGGGAGGAGGACACGUUCACGUCAAUAAUUCGAUUUUCUCUGCUGCAUGAAUAUGCGGACAAGAAGAGAAGUCCGAUUUGGCGAAAGAAACGAACUAUGAGCUCAGUCCGAUUAAUCUGAGCAUGUAAACACACUGAGUGAGACACACAAGGUUUAAUACAUAAAGAGAAAUAAAGAGGAAAUGAGGGUGAAACAGGUGGGGAGACACAAUCAGGGGGCAGGUAUGAUGAGACGGGGGCGGGGCAGACCAGACAGGAACAAGGGUUAGUGAACUACAAAAUAAAACAGGAAAUGAAACAAAACAUGAAAAAAACGUGCAAAAAUAAAAGAAACUGAACUAACAUGAAAGUACUGAAUAUAAAAAGGAAAACUUGACCGACAUGACAAAGUCCUCAAAUUAACAGACUUAGAUUAAGAGAUAUCCCAUUUAAAUACGAGCAAAAAGUUUUUAUAGUUUCUCCAUGUUGACAUUUUUAAAACCUGUAUGACAGAAGUUUGACGGAUGACAUUUUGAAAAGUUUCUGUUCUUAAUUUUCUUUAUUUUGGAAUAAAAAGGAACUUUAGAGGGUCAGUGUGUAGUAAUCAGAGACAUUUAGCAGAACCGACUUGGUGCAGAUGGAGUUUAUCUACAGAAAGAGCAGGUCGAUUAAAAAUCUCUUAUAGUUAUUGAAUAAAUGAGGCAAAAUUCAGGACUAAGAAAAAGUAUUGGAACUUUUAAAGUUUACUGAGAAUCUGUCAUAAUCUCCACAGCAUAUUGGAAUUAAUAAGUCAUUUUUUUCACUUGUUUCGUUCCAGCUCAGGUAGUCCCGGCCUGACUCUGAGACAAAAGCACUUUGUUAACCCUCCUUCAGAGCUGCUCUUUGUUCCUCGUUUCUCUUCUUUCCCUGAAAAAGUUUCUGUUGAGGUUCAGAGAGCAGUCGUGGUUUUUAUUUCAGCUGCAUAAAAUGUUGGAUUAACCAUUUUAAAUAACUUUAAAUGUUGAGGAAUAAGAGCAAACAUUCGUGUAGUUGAUCUUUUUUCAUUUGAGCCUCGAGAAAACAUCUUGGAUUUUCAAACCAAAGGAUUAAUAAAGUUUUAACUUUUCAACUCGAGUUACUUUGGAUGAAUCCUGACUGAGAAAUCUUGACCCAUUAUUGCUGCAUGAACUCACUUUUAAUGAGGAAACUCAGAUCCUCUUCCUUGAAAUUCUUGUUAUUUUUCAUUUCUGGAGUGUUGUCAUUCACUAUCUCUGCGCUCGUCUCUAAUUUUAAGUGGUUUUUUUUCCUGGUUCAGGUUGUUUUGCCUUCUGGUGCUGCCCCUGCUUCGCCUGUAAAACCUCCAGAGACUACGGGCAGCCUCUCUGUCUCCCCCUGCUGGAAAUCUUUGGAGGCUGCAUCCCGCCCAUCACCAUGUCAAUGAGGGUCCACAUGCGGCAGCGCUACGACAUUAAAGUAAGGAUGAAACUCUCUUUAGUGUUGGAGGUUUGAGUCUUGGUUACUCUAAAAAAACUAACUGAUUAAAGUCUGGAACACAUUUACAGAUAAUAAAUCAUUUUUAUGUCUCUAUAACUGCAGAAACAUCUGAACAGACGGCAAACAGACACACUGAAGAGUCAAAAAGAGUGAAAUGAUUGAUGUUCUGCUUUUUUAUGAAGAAUUUGGUGCAUUUUUACUCUUACUUAUUUGCUGCUUAUCCUUCUUUUUUAAAGACAGUGAGUUUAAAGCGACGUGUGUUAUUAAUAUUAAGCAUUAAGAACACAAACAGGUGGUCAUAUUUUCAGUUUAUUUUGGUAUAUAUGUAAAUAACUGUAUUUACACAUACACCAUAUGUGUAAAUAACUCAGUCAUCUGUAUACAACUUCACUGGUUAAAUCAAAGGCAGGGCAUUUAUAUAUGAACUGAACAGAAUCGGUCUGAGGAUUGAUCCCUGUGGAACUCCAAUAUAAGAUGAGCAUGUGUGGUUAAUUAUUGCACAUGUACGUAUAGUAAGAAGUUUAAUAUAAGAGGAUAUAAGAAUAUUAGUCUGAUUUUAACUUGAUCUUUUCGUCUGCAGGGCACCUUCUGUAACGACUGCGUGUACGCCACCUUCUGUACGUCCUGCACCUGGUGUCAGAUGUCCAGAGAGAUGAAGAGGAGAAAGAUUCAAGUGGUCCUCGUCAGCGCCAAGAACACAUGA